UAAGAUUUAUACGGCCAGCUGUGCGAUCUGAAUCUCAUAGAACCUGUUCGCCUCCUCGCUGGGCGAAAUGAAUGUAAUACAGGCCGCUCCGCCAAGAGGACGGCGCGCUUAUGCGAGAGGAAGGAUCGUCUCGGCACCAAACGCGCAACGCGCCACAAACAUCUUUCCGAAAUAUCAAUUCGACUCGGGUUUUCUGAGACCACCGACGAACUCUGGACCCGCGAAUGCCAAUGCAAAGACGCCAAAGCACAAUCGCAGAGAGAACUGCAUUUCAACAUCAUCCUACUUGCCGAGCACUUCUCGUCGUAGCGUGGGCUCGGUUAAUCCGAGAUCAACACCGUUCGGUACGUCCAGCAACGCGGAAUCCUGCGUAGUGAUCGCGUUAACUGCCGGCCGAGGAGACGCUAGAAACGAAGUCGGUUUGGCAGCGAUAGAUCUUCAAUAUCCGUACUUGAUGCUCUGUCAAAUCAGCGAUUGUCAAACAUACGUGAAUACUCUGACGAAAAUCAACAUCCUCGAUCCGGUAGAAAUACUGAUGCCCGAAACAAUGUGCGAACAUCACGGCCGUGGGAACAAACUGUACAGAUCGAUCAAAGAGAAAUUCAACACGCUCAACAUCACGCCGAUUUCGCGAAUACACUUCAACGAGUCGACCGGCAUGGAACGCGUGCGAACCCUAUGCGCCAGGGAAUACUCGACCGUGGAGUUAAUAGUGAAACAAAAGUAUUACGCUUUAGCCGCCGCUGCGGCAUUGCUCAAGUACGUGGAAUACGUCCAGCACAUGGUUUACGCUCCGAAAUCAGUGAGGAUAGAGUUUCAAGGAUCACCGAACACCACGAUGAUUGAUAUAGAGAGUGCACGAAGUCUCGAGCUGGUCGUCUCGCAGUCCAAACAGUCCAUCGUCAGUCUGCUGGGCACGAUGAACCGCUGCUUGACCCCCAUGGGUAGAAGACUUCUGCGCGCUUCCAUUCUUCAACCUCCGUGCAACGAGCAUUUAAUCGCCGAUCGGCAAUCUUGCGUGGCGGAAUUGGUGGCAAAUCAGUCUUUGUGCACCAGUCUUCAGCCAGUGGUACAACGCCUUUUCGGGACGGACCGUUUGCUGGCGUUAGCAAUUAAACCUCUGCACGUCAACGACAUGCAAAACGCGGAGCGAAAUCUAAAUUAUGCGCUGCUCUUAAAGAGCUGCCUGGACACCAUUCCGGAAUUGGAGGCGAUUCUCGCGAUCGGCAUUCAUCCGUUCUUUGUAAAGACGCGAAAGAACUUAGAAAAUUCAGAAUUCCGAGUUAUGAAGGAUAAGAUUUUAACGCUGAUACACGCGGACGCGAGAUUCGUGAAAGGAUGCACUUCUUUGAGUAUGCAGCGGUGUUUCGCUAUAAAAGCUGAUAUCAACGAAUUGCUGGACGUCGCUCGGCAAAUCUAUUGCGAGUUGAUCAACGACAUGAAAAGCAUGGUGGAGCAGUUAGCCGUGAGACACAAGCUUCCAUUGUCCUUAGAAUACAACACGAACUUGGGCUAUCAUAUAAACGUCAUCAUACCGCGGGGCUUGAACAUGAAAAUCUCGGACUUGCCGGCGGAAUUUAUUCAGGCACGAAAGAACAGGAGAUCCUUCACAACAACGACGACGGCACUAUUAACAUUGAAUAAACAAUGCAAGAAGGCUUGCGAGGAGAUUUACAUGAUGAGCAACACGUUGCUAACCAAUUUACUGGAGGAUAUCCGACAACACGUCGGCUGCUUGUUUCAAUUAAGCGCAGACGUGGCGGAAUUGGACUUGGUCUUAUCCUUGGCGCAAAUCAGUUGUAAUCCGGAAUACACGAGACCGUCAUUUGGAACGAAUUUAGAAUUAAUAAACUCGAUACACCCUAUUAUGGAGUUAUUUAACAGAGAUCUUCCCGUGGCUAACGACGUGAACGCUUCAGUCACGCAUAAUUUUCAUCUGAUAACCGGACCAAAUAUGAGCGGCAAGUCUACGUAUUUAAAACAGAUCGUUCUACUUCAAAUUAUGGCGCAGAUCGGUUCCUACGUGCCGGCGACGAAGGCAACGUUUCGCGUUGCAGAUCGCAUACUUUGUAGGAUUAGCUCUCGCGACGACGCCGAGCUCAAUGCAUCCGCCUAUGUCCUCGAGAUGAAGGAAGCGCAAUACAUCCUGCAAUCCGUCACGCCCAAGUCUCUCGUUGUACUGGACGAGCUCUGCAGACAUACUACGGUCGAAGAGGGUUCCGCCAUCGCUUGGGCGAUAUGCGAGAAAUUAUCGCUGACGACCGCGUUCACGUUCGCCGCGACACACUUUUUGCACCUCACCGCGCUGAGCAAUAUGUAUCACAACGUGACAAUCCAUUGCUUCGAGACGAAAACCGCGGAACCAGAAGAAUCGGGCGAUCUGCAUCUGAUAUAUACUCACAAAUUGAAUCCCGGAACCGGACCUACGGAUCACUACGGAAUCGCUCUAGCGGAAGUGUCCUCUCUACCGAAAUGCGUUACGAUUAAAGCGCGAGAGUACGCGUCCCAGCCAUCCGUCAACGCACAAAACAAUAAUCUUGGAUCCGUCACGAGUUCUCUGUCAUGGGAGAAAUCGUGUUAUAACGCGGUCGUUCAGUUACGCGCGCUAUUGGAGGAUGACCGUUUCACUUUCGCAAAUAUAAUAAAUGUCAUGAAGCAAUUGGAUCUAAGUAAGCAAAGUGAGCAAACGGAAAGAGCGCUGAUUCCAACAAAAUCCCCAAACGUCGUGCAAGAACGUGGAAAACGUGAGGAACGGGGGGAGAAACGUGAGGAAGACAAAAAUCUUGUCGCGUCGAAUAAUGGUUUAACGAUAGGGACGAAGGACGACGUAUUGUUAACGGAACAGACGAAUAAAGAUGAACGAAAGAUGAACGAAGAGGAGGUGCAAGACGAGCCGAUGGAAAUAGACAAAAACGACACUCAGCAGGCAGUAUCGAUUCACGAGGUCAUAGUAAAUCGAACGGCAUUUUCGUCGCAAAACACAGUCAAUAAAGAUAUGUCAUCGUCCGUUAAUCCAAGCUCUUCUCCGCAAUCUCCGAAGAACGAUCCGCGAUUUUACGUUUGCACGUCCUUCGCGGCAAGCACCCCGAAAACAAUAUCGCCACAUCGAGGAACGAAUCCAGGAUCGAGUUUCGCUGCAAGAUCGAUAGCAGCCUCUCCGUCGACAUCCCUCAGGUCUUCUCAGUCGUUCCAGUAUCACGAUUACUGUUUGUCCGAGGGAGACUUCACUCCGCUCCAUUCAAUACCGUCUCAAUCAACGCCGAGCGAUGUAGCGAAGAUGACCGCGCGAGCGAAAGAGGCGAAGAUCUUUCGGCAGAUCGAGGGCGACAAUUUCGACGAAGAGGCUUUCUUCAAUGAUACUCAACGAGUACCAUUUAAACUGGAUCUCAUCUCGGACGAUGGAGAUGACGUGGAGAUGUUACUGUAAAUAAUGUUAAAAUAAAAACGUGUUUUAUCGUACGUCAAUUCAUUCACAUAAUAUAUAUAUUUAUGAUGAAAAAUAAAAACGUUAAGUGACACUCUCGAUUUAUCUAUUCCCUUAU